UCCUUCUUUGUCGUGACUCACUUCACAUACUGGUAUCGUUGACAGUUGCCCUAAAUUUUUACCAUUGGUUCCAACUUCCUACAUUUUGGUUGCAUUCAGAAAAUCACUCCUUUCAUCUCUGUUGUGGUCUAAACGACCGUGGACCAGGAUUUCGAAUUUGUUAAAAAUCGCAACAUUUCAUUAUCUGAAUAGCGUCAAAGUACAACUCUCAUGAUUCAGGAUGGUCUAAUUAUCUCGUUGAACUCCAGCCUAAUUGCAGUAUAUCAUUCCAAACGUCUCUCCAAGCAGACUCUUUAUUAGGGUGUAAGUUCAGUGCAGCGGCAAACUUAUCCAUUAUGCAUACAUGUACACUCGAUGUGUAGAGCGUAAUAGUGCGAUAUAUUAUUAGUCUGUUGGAUGCUGUACGUGGAACUCCUCACGCCAGACAAACGAGCAUCGACGGGAAUCUGUGCCAGAUUCUCUUUUCUCACUGGCGUCUAGUCGAGAUCAAUGGACAUGAAAGUGAAAUCUUGGCAUGGGGGUUCCUUUACCCUCCCCCGGAACAUGCAUAUGGGGCGGAGUUCACAGAAGAAGAAGGCGAUGAAGAAGAGUGAGCUGACAGCACUGCCCCCUGGUGCUGAGAAGUCACACCUGGAGAGGUCAACAUCACUCAGCACCUACCCAAAGGAGCAUAGCAAGCUGUCCAGGACCAGCCGACAAAAAACGGUCAUCGGACAGACACAACUGCACCGGCAACACUCGUGUUUACAUCCAGAGGAAGAUCAGCGAGUGAAACAGUCUCGCUCAUGCAACACGUAUGAAUUAUCGCAGGAUCUCCAGGAUAAGCAGUUAGAGAUGCUCGAGCGCAAAUACGGCGGCCAUUUUAGGACACGGCGGGCCGCCACAACGAUUCAACAGGCAUUUAGGAAGUAUUCUAUGAACAAGAAUUUUGAAAAGUUACGCCAUGCUAAAGCGGAGAAACGUAUCUCUCGACGCUUUUCGGAGUAUAAUCGUAGUGCGUCUAUGUAUGAUGAAAUGGAGGAGGAGCUGGAUAAUGAAGGAACCUUGAAGGCAAAUAUGGGGAAAGGCCAUUCGUUAUCGCCAAAACAGCUCGGACGAGCGCAUACAGUCGCUUUGGAUAGAAAUUAUAACGCAAGCGGGGAUUAUGAUGAUAGUGAUGUGUGUGAGGGUGGUGAACCCAGCAAAAGAUUAGAAAGGUCUGGGCGUGUGGAUAUUGAUGAUAACAAGACCAUGGACCAGUUACCGUUGUCAGAAACAAAUAAUAACCGGAACUCAUACCCUGAAUUGAAUGACAGCAGUCCGGGUGAGUCUUCACGAGGGUCACCUAUCUCUACUGAGGAUUUACAUAGUGUCAAUUUCGAAAAUUUGUUAGAAAGUCGUGAGACGGACAUUCUUAAUGACAGCUUUCACAGUGACGGUAGUCAGGACUCGGGAACGGGUGCCCACAGGGGUGGGAAUCAGUCACAACGGUCUAUACCAAAACGUGGGAAGAGGGGACCUCCUCCUCCCCCACCACCUAGAUCAGACAGUUAUAAAAACAGUAUUUUGAUGCAAAAAUCUCAGUCACAAUUGCAGAGGGAGGAACCUCUGUAUGAUAAUUUACAUGGACAUGGGCAUUCUGAAAGUGCACCAAUCAUAAAUAGUGAAGUUCAAAUAAAAGUAGACUGUGCCUCACCGACAGACGACCAAAUGUUUGACCAAAACUCAAAACUGUAUGCAAACCAGGAGGUAAAGUUCCGAAAUCGUAAAUGUAUCUCAGACAGUGCACUCGGUGGUUCGGGUAAAACACCUGACGCGUCGCCAGUAUGGAAACGAAAAAGUGCGCCGGCCCCUACUAAUUCAACAAGUAACUAUAGCCUAAAGUCGGACACGAAACGCAUGAGCAACAUCUCCGAAAAUAGCGAACCAGAAAGUGUGUCUGAGGAGCAAAUGCGUUACUCCACGAGUUCCCAAAGUGGGUCAGACACUGCUUCUAUUGGGAGUAACAGUUUAGGUUCAGACUUUAGCGGCUACCAGCGCUCCAUGGAGAGUAUAGGCUACCAGCGGAGCGCUAGGGUUAGCAUGGAGUCGCCACAUAUGCUGCUGCCGCCGAGGAUAAGUGACAAGCAGCGGAAACGGGAGUACAGAGUAGGAUUAAAUCUGUUUAAUAAAAAACCAGAGAAGGGUAUCUUUUUUCUUGUCCAACGAUGUUUCAUCGAAGACUCGCCACCAGCCGUUGCCAAAUUUCUCAUCACGCGGAAGGGUCUGAGCAAACAAAUGAUCGGGGAAUACUUAGGGAAUCUUCAGCUUGCCUUUAACAUGGAAGUAUUAGAUUAUUUUGUUGAUGAGAUCGACCUCUCAGGUUUACAAGUUGACGUAGCUCUGCGGAAGUUCCAGACCUACUUCAGAAUGCCGGGAGAAGCCCAGAAAAUUGAGCGUCUGAUGGAAGCGUUCGCACACCGCUACUGUAUAUGCAAUCCAGACCAAAUCAACAAGUUUUCCACAUCUGACACAGUGUUCCUACUAGCGUUUGCCAUCAUAAUGCUCAACACUGAUCUACACAAUAGUAGUAUAAAGAAUGAGAAGAAGAUGAAACCGAAUGACUUCAUCAAAAAUCUUCGAGGUAUUGAUGACAGUUCAGACAUCGACCCAGAUCUUCUCUUUGGAAUCUACGAGCGGAUAAAACUGCAAGAGUUCAAGGCGGGCGUCGAUCACGUUAUGCAGGUCAUGAAGGUUGAAAAGUCAGUCGUUGGCAAGCGACCGGUAGGUUCUAAGAUCCUUGCCCUGCCCCAUCGACGUCUCGUGUGCUACUGCCGUCUCUAUGAGGUGAACGAUCCUAGUAAGAAAGAGAAGCUGGGACUUCAUCAGAGAGAGAUAUUUCUUUUCAAUGAUCUGUUACUGGUUACCAAAGUGUUCAGCAAGAAGAAGGGUUUCAUCACGUACAGUUAUCGCCAGCACUUCAUGCUCUGUGGGAUGCAAGUCUAUCUCUUUGAUACAAGUCACUACCAGUUUGGUGUGAGAUUAACAAACCACAUAGACGGUAAAGUGCUGAUAACUUUUAAUGCUAGGAAUGAACAUGACAGGGCCAAGUUUGUGGAUGAUCUCAAGGAGUGCAUAUUGGAGAUGAAUGAAAUGGAGGCACUGCGGAUAGAAGAAGAACUCCAAAAACAGAAACACACGCAGAAACAGUUGGAGUUGAAUCGUAUCAGCAGCGACUCAGGGGUGGUCGAUGUUGAUCUGUUACGGCCGCUGGACUCCUCGUGUAAUCAUCUUUCAGCUACCGAAUGUGGAAUGAAGAAGUCUGCAUUAUCAAAUUCAUUGAUAGAUCUCUCUGAUUCGGGUACAUUAAAACCACAAAGGAGAGGUAGUGGGGGAUCUCUGGAUAGUGGCAUGUGUAUGCUCCAAUCCUCCACCACAUCUGUCCGAACUGCCGCUAGUCAGGAUGAAGCACCGGAGCCAAAAAGGCCCCAGCAAACUUCCUGGGAAACUUCCACGCCGAUCCAAGUCAGUGGGGGCCACCACAAGAAGCACAAACAAAGGAGCAAAGGCCACGUGAGGGUGCUGGACUCGCAUGGCCAUGCAUCUGAUAUCUGAAGUUAUACGUCAAGAGAAUUCGUAUCGAGUUCGUUCCAACACAAAUUGUGGGAACAUGCCGGUAAUAUGCAGGUUUUUUGUUGAGUUUAACAGAGGACGUACAUGUACAUGUAGCAUACUCAGAUGAGACAGACCACUGCACUUUUGAUUGUACAUUGUUUGUAAAGUGUUGCUUGGUUCUUGUUUCAUCCGAGACAUGUUUAGGUCGCAAAACGUCGGGCAACCUACCCCAGUCAAUGCGGUUGUCCAAGAUCUGCCAAAGCACAAUGCAUGUGUCUACAAGAAUUGACUAACAUUUCUUGCAAAGUUUGUGCGGAAUUCAAAUGUUCGCAUGGUAAUCAGGAAUAGACUCUGGGAAGGUGGCGCCCCCAGCGGGAUUCUGGAUGGGUGGACCUUACGAACAUUGCUGGUUAUGUCCGACGACAGGGAACUUGUAAAGUGCGCACCAAUUUGGUACGCUGUUGUUAAAAGUGCCAAGAGUAGUGCAGUGGAUCGUAGAGACCAUGGCCCAAAUUCAUAAAGGGCGUUUAGCUCAAAACAGCGUUUAACUACUGAAUAAACAGGUUCAGGUCCUUCAUGUAAAUCUUCACAGAAUAUGAAUAGGCCCUGAAACUGAUUAGAGAGAAGUUACACAGGUCUAACCCUUAAACACCCUUUAUGAAUUUGGCCCCAUGUGUUUGCAUGGUGCAUUUAGAUGGAGUUGUUGUUGUUAGAUUGUGAAUGUUGGCAAAAGAUUUCACCUUGCUUGAAAUCAUGCAGCUUUGGUUGAGGACAGACUACCUUGGUUAAAGGGAGAGAAAUGUGCACAAAGAUAAGAUGAUGUCGAAGUUGGUGAAGUCUUGUCAUUGAGCUACACCAGAGACAUCAGACUUCAACCAUGAAACUAGUGAACCAGAUCAUUACUAACUUUCUCGUGCAACGUAGAAGGGAGUGUGUCAUCAGUCCCGUAGGGCUAUCAAUGUACAACAAUUGUAAGGGCUAUAAACACUUAUACCAGAAAUAUUAAAAGCUCGCCUUUUAUAUUUUUGCCAUCACCCAUAGACAAAACCUGGAGUAUAUCUUUACAUGUACCCUUGGUUGCUUUCAAGACCCUCAAACCAAUGUGGUAACUGUAUUUUAUAGUGGUCUGUAGUAAAAAAGUGUCAUUUCCCCCGGGGAGCUGUAGUUACAUGUAGAAGCAGACUUGCACUGUGCAUCCACAAGACAUAGCAGGAGAGACAAACUGGCUUCAAGAAUCUUUUUGUCUUAUCCCACGUGGAAGAGGUUUAUCAUGAACUUGACCUGUCAAGCUGUAAAUGUGUGAAAAUAAUCUGAUAUCCUAAGACCUGAUGUGGUACACACAAGACUGGUGUCAAUUCCAACUACAAAUGUAGGUGUUUUGUCAAUUAGGUAAUGUAUGCUUAGAUUUAUUCAUGUGGUUUGUUUAUACUGCCUAGGACAGGGGGGGGGGUCAAUUAGAAACCUUAGUCCUAGGGAUCGUUGUCACACUUGUGACAUAAGAAUAUGUUUAUAAACAAGAGUCAUUUUUAUAGGACGGUGUCAUUCUGCAUGUUCUUUUGUGAUUAUUUUGUGUACAGAAACAGUAUUUCAUUACAGCUAGCUAAUUUAUUUCUGAAAAUUUCUUUAGUGUACGAUAGAGUGCAAAUGGAGAAAAUGUAAAAAGCUUGAGAGCACUGUAGAUCUGGAUAAGGAAACCCCAGCAGACAUCGAGUAUAUCUUUUGUACAUUAGUUAACUUAGAAAUUACGUCACAAGACUCAGUCACUAGACUCGGUCACUAGACUCAGUCACUAGACUCAGUCACUAGACUUCUUCUUGACAACUAUGCAGAAUGAUUAUAUCUAAGUCGGCGCAAAGACAUUACUCUUCCAUAACUUUUUCUCUACUAACUUCAGUUAUCAUGCAAAUUUUACACCUUUUGUUAAUUUUAUACGACUGUAGUGUAGUUGUAUCUGAACUGAAGGUCGUUUGGCUGACCUCUGCGCUGCGGUGCUGCCCCCUAUAAGAUUUAUUGCAUUGGGAGUUAUGAUUUUGGGGUUUCAAGUCAUUUUGUGGAGACCAUCAUCAUACAAUGUAGUGUUUACUGGUUGCUUGGCACUUCCAAGCUGGUAUGAUAAAUCCAGAUAACUGAUUUUUGGUCAUAUUUCAUGACCAAAAUGAGUGACAAAUUACAUUUUAUUUAAUUUUUGAAAGAAAUCACGUCUAGGACUUGAGUUUCUCUUUCACCGGCUGGACUAAUUUGGAAGUGAGUUUUAUAUGUUUCUAAAGCAAAAUUUUUAAUGAAAUUGCCUGCUCGUGCUUGAAGAAGUUCUGAAUGAAUUGGUCCUCAGAGGAUUAACUAAUAGUUUCUUAUCCUAAAUUAUGAAGUAUUUAUGGUUUUGAAAGUUAUUGAUGUAUAGGUGAAAUUGUGACUUGUUAACUUUGGUUGUGUACAGUUGAAAAUGGAAGUUGACUUUUGUAAAUGAAAUUCUUCUCACUUCUAUGUAAAAAAGGAUAUUCAUGUUUUUCUGUAUAAAACUUAAAAUAAAUGUGAUUUGGGUUAUAAUGUACCUGAAUGAAAUUUAACUUGUACAUGUAUAGAAAAUUAAAAUUUCAUAGUGAAAUUUUUUUUCGGUGUCAAGUACAAUAAGUCGUAAUGAUGACUUGCAUAAAAUAAAUUAGAUGGAUGAAUUUUGUGAAGUCACAGUGUUAAAGUAUUGGAUGUUAUGUGUCAUUUUUGAAACUACCUGGGUUAUUUUGAACUAAAAAGUGUCCACAAAUUUUGUCAGAAUGUCAAAAUGCCUUAUUGUAAGAAUUAAUGUUUAAAUAUUCAUAUUCAUUUUCUUUCAGUCAUAUAUGUUAACUGGAUGCAAUUUGAUCUCCACGAGUCUAAUUUGGGUGACUAGGGAUGAGAAUUUGAUUCAAACUAUUUUUUUAUUUUUUUUCUAAAAAGCAUCGACUUUUUGAAUUAUGUGUAUAAGUUUUUUUGUAAAUUUUUUUCCAAGAUGUCAUCAGAAAAUUUUAAAUUUCAAAUUUCAGAAAAUUUGGUCUGAUGACUAUGGAGAUAUGUUUAAAUAAGUAAAACUCAAAUUCAUUCAGUUUAAUUUAAAUGGGGAUUGUUCAGCUUGGACUCUUAAAGAGUAUCACUUUUGAAAUGUAAUGAAACCCAAAUUCCCUUUAACUUGUUUCAGCUAAUUGGCAGUGUUUGCUUGGGGUCAUUAAAGUUUUUGCUACAAUGUGCUUGUUUAUGCCUUCUGCUUUGCCUGAGCAACAUCUAGACUAAGAGCUGUGGUAUACGGCGUUGUGUGUCUAGGCUCAUGCUUGCAUUGAUCUGAUGGCCAUCUCAUUUUUGUGUGUGAAGUAGAUGCCAAGUUCGCUUUAGUAGCAUCAAAGGAAUGUAGAGAUACUCUGUCCACACUGUUGAGGUGCCAGAUUCACAGAGGCCUAUUACACGUGUGAGAGGCUUUUUGUACAGGCAUCUCUCAACCAGGUAAAUAGUGACAACACAGUAGGUCAGUUAGAAGAUGUAGUGCUGAAUGCUUGUGUGAUUCAGGGGCUUCAAUUCAGAGGUAAAAAGAUCUUGUGUCAUCCAACUCACGUGCAUUUGAAGACAUUGGUCUCUUAGCAAGGCUUGGUUGUUCAAAGUGUCCGGUUUGAAAUCUGAAACUAAUAAGGAAGUGGUUCAAUUAUGAUUCUGGAACUAUCAUUGCCCCUACAGUGUAGAAAAUAGUUGGCAGUACAUGAGUUCACUUAAACCUUUAAGAAUUGUAGUACCAAGCAGUUUUUCCAGCAAAGUAAAGAAUCAUAGUCACAGGUAACUACUAAACUGUCUGAAUACAAUAGUCAAAGUGAGAGAAAUAUCCUUUUGGGUGGUCUGUGUCCACUUUUUGACCAAUCAGCAAUACCAUAAGCCAUAGUUGAUGUCGUACCUGUCCGGGAUGGCCAUUCAAAGCCAAAACAACCCUGGAUGUAAUCACAAGGAGUAAGAGAACAUGUGGUAUGCAACCAUGUUGUUGUGACUCUCAGUGGCUUCCUUGGCUAGUAGGAUGUCAAAUAGGAUUGGCAUACUGGUACUCUCCUUAUCCCGUUUUAUUGCCUUCGUGCCUUUAAAUACUUUACUCAUUCAGAGUCUCCUGAAUUGCCGCAGCCCUUCAAAUGCUACACACAGCCUUGCAAUAUUUUAUAAGUUCUGAGUAGUAUGAAUGCAAAAUUAUUAUGUACUUGUAUAAUUAUUAUUGUCAUAAUUAUUAUAAUAUUAAUUAUUAUUUCAUUGGACA